AUGGUCACGACCCACGACGAGAAGCAAGCCGCAAUGGCCGACGAACGCACCCCGCUCAUCGCCGUCGUGCGGGUUGGAGAGCGCCCGCCGCGAUACCCUAACCACUCCCUCCGCCGCAUCUGCACCUACGUGCUCGCCAUCGUCCCCGCCAUCGUCCUUGGCGCUGUUCUCGCCUCGCUUUUCAUCCUCCCUCCAUACUACCCCGGCGACAAGGCCAUCGCCGACAACGAGUUCGCCGCCGCCAUAAGUGGGGGCCACAGUCUGAGCCAUGCCUGGCCUUUGAGCGACGGCUUGAGCUUCGAGGAGCUGGAGGAGAUUCUCCUGACCACCCCCAGUGCCGAAAAGGCCCGCGAGUACAGCAAGUACUACACGGCCGGGCCCCAUCUGGCCGGCAAGAACAUCAGCCAGGCCAUCUGGACCAAGGAGAAGUGGCAAGAGUUUGGCGUCCCCAAGGUCGACCUUGUGACGUACGACACCUACCUGAACUACCCGCUCGGCCACCGCCUGGCGCUGCUCCAAAAGAGCAACGAGUCCGAGAGCGAUACCGAACAUGUUGACGCCUGGAAGGUGGCGUACGAGGCGAGCCUGGAAGAGGACGUCCUGGAGGAAGACCCUACCAGCGGCCUCGAGGAUCGAAUCCCCACUUUCCACGGGUACAGCGCGUCCGGAAACGUGACCGCGCCCUACGUCUAUGUCAACUACGGAACCUACCAGGACUACGAGGACCUGCUCAAGGCCAACGUUAGUCUGGAGGGCAAGAUUGCGCUUGUCAAGUACGGAGGCAUUUUCCGCGGCCUCAAGGUCAAGCGCGCCGAGGACCUGGGUAUGGUUGGCACCAUCAUCUACUCCGACCCUGGUGAUGAUGGAGAAGUCACCGAGUUGAACGGCUACAAGGCCUACCCCGAGGGCCCCGCCAGGAACCCUAGCAGUGUCCAGCGCGGCAGCACUCAGUUCCUGAGUUUUGCUCCUGGCGACCCUACAACCCCCGGCUACCCGUCCAAGCCCGGUGUUCCCCGCGACGAGGUCAAGGGCAAGAUCCCCUCGAUCCCCUCGAUCCCCAUUUCCUACACCGAUGCUCUGCCGCUGCUCAAAGCUUUGAAUGGCCACGGCCCCAAAGCCGACGACUUCAACAAGUACUGGAAGGGCGGCGGUCUUGGUCACAAGGGCGUCGAGUACAACAUUGGUCCCUCUCCUGACGAUCUGGUCAUCAACCUUGUCAACGAGCAGGAAUACGUCACUACUCCCCAAUGGGAUGUCAUUGGCAUCAUCAACGGUACCAUUCCUGACGAGGUCAUCGUCCUCGGCAACCACAGGGAUGCCUGGAUCGCGGGUGGCGCUGGCGACCCCAACUCGGGCUCUGCUGCCUUCAACGAACUGAUCCGCUCCUUUGGCAUCGCUCUGUCCAAGGGGUGGAAGCCCCUCCGCACCGUCGUCUUCGCCAGCUGGGACGGCGAAGAGUACGGCCUCAUCGGCUCGACAGAGUGGGUCGAGGAAUACCUGCCCUGGCUGAACGCGGCCGCCGUCGCCUACAUCAACGUCGACGUCGGCGCCACGGGCCCGCACUUUGGCGCCUCGGCCGCGCCCCUGCUCGACGGCGCCCUCAUCGAGGCCACGCUCAAGGUCCAGAGCCCCAACCAGACGGUCGCCAACCAGACGGUGGGCGACGUGUGGGACCGGCACAUCAGCACCAUGGGCAGCGGCUCCGACUUCACGGCCUUCCAGGACUUCGCCGGCAUCCCGUCGGUCGACCUCGGCUUCAAGCCCGACGCCAAGAGCCCCAUCUACCACUACCACAGCAACUACGACUCGUUCGCGUGGAUGGACCGCUUCGGCGACCCCGGCUUCGCCUACCACGAGACCAUCGCCAAGGUCUUCGCCGUCCUCGCCGCCCAGCUCAUCGAGUCGCCCGUCAUCGCCUUCAACGCGACCAACUACGCCGUCGGCCUGCGGCGCUACCUCCAGUCAGUCCUGGACAAGGCGGACGCCGACUCCCCCAAGGGCGUCAUCAGCAAGUGGCAAAUCGCCCGGCUGGUGGCGCCCAUCGCGAAAGCCAUCGACAAGCUGCACCAGCAGGCGGCGCGCGUCGACGCCGACGCGGCCGAGCUCCGCGACGAGAUCGCCCGCAACAAGAUCCCGUGGUGGAAGUGGUGGAAGAAGAUGGCGCUGUACCGCAAGGUGCGCGCCGUCAACGUCAAGUACAAGUUCCUCGAGCGCCAGUUCCUGUUCGCCGGCGGCCUCGACGGCAGGCCGUGGUUCAAGCACGUCGUUUUCGCGCCGGGGAUCUGGACCGGGUAUGCGGGCGCGACGUUCCCCGGUUUGGUGGAGGCGGUCGAGGCGGGCGAUCUGGCGGCGGCGGAGAAGUGGGCGGGGAUCAUUAAGGGGUUGGUGUAUAAGGCUGUGGGGAGCUUGAAGCAUUAG